AUGGACUCGAAGAAUGACUGGUAUUGUAAUAAACGUGGUCAAUACCGUUCCAUUGCCUUCGGAACAUGGAAAGCCGGAGCUGCUCGUCGGUUAAACCUCAGAACUGACGAAGUCAGACUCCGAGACAAAACUAAUUUUUCCACCAAGAACUUGCGAUUAAGUAAGCUUAAUCGAGAGAGCCGUCGAAUGGGUGAAAGCAGUCCAAAUCUGAGUCGCUUGCAUCCGACUCAAACACAAAGAAGCCUCGGUGCCAUGCCAAGUUCCCUGUCCAUCAGCCAACGACUAGCCGAUACUUUAGACUGUUACUCGAGCUCCGAAUAUGUAGAAUAUGUAGAAGAACAAAAAGGCACAGAAGCUGCUUGUGAUAAGCAGGCUUUGGAUACUUUGAAAGCCGCUUUUCGGUUAGACCAUAACCUAAACUAUUCAUUGACAGCGAAUCGGCAAAGUAGAUUAGAAUCAUCUUUGCAACGAGCUCAUCACAGAUCUCAGAGUGCUGGUGCUGAUACGCAUAAUGCAAUUCACGACUGUGACGCUUCUACCUCAACAAUGAAAAGUUCAUUAAGCCGAACUGAUCACAGCAAUAACACGCGGUUUCUUCGCGCCACCAAAAAGUUUUUCCGUAAAAUUUAUAAUUCUGCAACUCUCCCCACUAACAAGAAGCAGGCUGAAGCUUGUGACGACCGCUCACGUUCCCGCCAAGAUGUUUCAAAUAUCCAAAAUGCACGGUCUGUUUUGAUUUAUAAUGAUGAAGAUUACUGUUCCGACGUCUUUGUGAGUGAAAGGACACCAAAAUCAAGCCUUCAAGAAACGACUACGGACAGUGGAUUAGACAUGGAUAGAUCUUCAACUCCUGAUCAAUCUCUUGAAUCCAUUACAUUAACCUCAAACUGCAAGCAAGGAGAAAACUGGAAUAAUUUGUUUGAACAGUUGAGAAGAGAAAUGAAUGAUAUGAGAGUACGUGAUGCACAAAUUCUAGCUGAUCUCCACAGGGUUGAAUGGCACUUGCAAAGUGUUAAACGAUCUCGUGAUCCAUCAGAUAACCUUUAUCCUGUCCAAAGUUUUCAAAUUUGA